AUGGUCUUUGCACCAGCUUUCCACGAUCCACCUUGUACUGUGAGCCUGUGGUUGGACAUUCAACCAACCACCGGGAGGGUGACAACCAUGACAGCAGGCCGUCGGACCAUUGGCACACGAUUCAGCGAUCCGCCAGGAAGAAACCAUUCCCGCGAGAUAUUCUCCACUGUGCCGUAUGACCCGUCCACCGUGAAUAUGGCAGUAUCGCGCACCGUAGUCCGGCCUUGCCUACGCAAUCGGCAUCAACGACAGUCGAUAUCCAUCCGAGAUACGGAUAGCUCUGGGCACCUUGGUGCCUCGGAAUGCCGAUACAGCCAACAGCAAUGCAGUAGAGCCCCUCGAGGCUCAGGGCCUGGCAGUGGCGGGGUCUGCAAGAAGACAAUCCGGACGCAGGUAGUCUCCACGCUUGUGGGGGGAGAGGAGCAUCGGGAACAUCAGGUCGUUCUGCGCCAGAAGCCCAGGGCCCCAGGCACGACAGGGCCAGGCAAAGCCGGCCAUUGCCAAUGGUGGCUUUGUCUAUCUGCAGUUCGUAGCGGGGUUUGUACUGUAGCGAAGAUGCAAUCCAUCGGACGAGGGGCUUCGCCUGGUGUGCGAAUCUGCGAUAGCUCGUUUGGUUUUGUUGAGCCGACUGUUGUUAGCAGCUCAGUGCCUAUCCAGGCGUGA